CUCUGGGCUUAGACCUAGUUUGCGGCGACAUGGCUAAACGCACCAAGAAGGUCGGAAUCGUGGGUAAAUACGGGACCCGUUAUGGUGCCUCCCUCAGGAAAAUGGUGAAGAAGAUUGAAAUAAGCCAGCACGCCAAGUACACUUGCUCCUUCUGUGGCAAAACAAAGAUGAAAAGACGAGCUGUGGGGAUCUGGCAUUGUGGCUCCUGUAUGAAAACCGUCGCUGGUGGCGCCUGGACCUACAACACCACUUCUGCUGUCACAGUAAAGUCUGCCAUCAGAAGACUGAAGGAGUUGAAAGACCAGUAGAAGCUUCACCAUUUGAAACAUUGCUAGCCUAUAAUAAACGGGUUAAUUUAUGUAACAAAAGUAAAAAAAAAAAAAAAGAAACAAAAAUAAAAAUAAAAAUUUAAAAAUCAGCUGUGCUAAAAAAUAUAUAUAUAUAUAUAUUCAUCAAGUUUUAGAAGAUUACCAUAAACAGAAAAAAAAAAAAACCUUGAUUUUCUAAGAAAAGAGAUUGUUCC